AUGGCUUCACGAACUGAGGAGGAUCUCUCCUGUCCUGUCUGCCAUGACAUCUUCGUAGAUCCUGUUGUCCUGUCAUGCAGCCACAGCUUCUGUAAAGACUGUCUGAAGAGCUGGUGGAGGGAGAAACAAACACACGAGUGUCCGGUUUGUAGGAGAAGAUCUAUACUGGGGGAACCACCUCGUAAUUUGGUGUUAAAGAACCUGUGUGAGAGCUUCUUACUGGAGAGGGAUCAGAGAGCUUCAGCAGGGUCUGGGUCUCUCUGCAGUCUGCACUCCGAGAAACUCAAACUCUUCUGUCUGGACCAUCAGCAGCCAGUGUGUCUCGUCUGCAGAGAUUCAGUGACACACAACAACCACAGAUUCAGACCCAUCGAUGAAGCUGCACAGGAUCACAGAGAGGAGCUCCGGAAGCACCUGAAACCAGUAAAAGACAAAUUGAAGGUUUUUAAACAAGUUAACGGAAACUGUGAUCAGACAGCAAAACACAUUAAGGUCCAGGCCCAACACACAGAGAGACAGAUUAAGGAGCAUUUUAAGAAGCUCCGCCAGUUCCUACAAGAGGAAGAGGAGGCCAGGAACGCUGCUCUGAGGGAGGAAGAGGAGCUGAAGAGUCAGAUGAUGAAGGAGGAGAUUGAGGCUCUGAGCAGAGAGAUAGCAGCUCUUUCAGACACAACCAGAGCCACAGAGGAGGAGCUGAGAGCUGAAGACGUCUCAUUCCUGCAGAACUACAAGGCUGCAGUGGAAAGAGCCCAGCAGCGCCCCCUGCUGGAUGAUCCACAGCUGGUCUCGAGAGCUCUGAUAGACGUGGCCAAACAUCUGGGCAACCUGACCUUCAACAUCUGGAACAAGAUGAAAGAGAUGGUCUCCUACACUCCUGUGAUUCUGGAUCCAAACUCUGCUCAUCCAGAAUUUAUCCUGUCUGAAGAUCUGACCAGUGUGAGAUUCGGGGAGAAACAGAAAAUUCCUGACAAUCCAGAGAGGUUUGAUUCCUUCAUCUCUGUCCUGGCUUCUGAGGGCUUUAACUCAGGGAUUCAAAGCUGGGAGGUUGAGGUUGGAGACAGUCCAGCCUGGGUUCUGGGUGUGGCAGCAGAGUCUGUCCAGAAGAAGGGAGACAUGGCCUUACAGUCUGGAUUAUGGAGAAUACUGUAUUAUCAAAACGAAUACACAGCAUGCUCACUACCAGGUCCAGACACUGUUGUAUCAUUGAAGAAGAAGCUCCAGAGGAUCAGGGUUCAUCUGGACUGGAACAGAGGAAAACUGUCAUUCUCUGAUCCUGAUACUAACACACACAUACACACCUUCAUACACACUUUCAGUGACAAGUUGUUUCCCUACUUAAACACUAAUGGAAAAUUGCCACUGAAAAUAUUACCAGUGAAGGACUCUACAGAAAGCAAAGUGUACAGUAGCAGUUGGUGGCCUUUCAGUUGA